AUGCCUGUCCGCCUUGCCACGGCCCAAGACGAGCCCGCCAUCGGCGCCAUCUGCCACGCCGCCUUCUUCAAUGAAGGCCUCUUCGGCCAAUUAGUUCAUCCCCAUCGCCAUCAAUACCCCUCCGAUCCCUUGAUCUUCUGGCGCCAACGCACCCGCGCCUUCUUCCAGGAACCGCGCGACGUCGUCAUCGUCUCGACACUCAUCGAAAACGGUGAAGAAAAGAUCGCCGGUAUGGCCACAUGGCAGCGCCAGGGCGAUGACGCCGGCGCCCAGAAAGUCAUCAGCGCAUGGCAAGAUCCCGGCCCAGAUGCAUUCGAGCCGCUAGACAGUGAGAAUCGCGCGAUUGAUAAGAGCAAGGCGACUAUUCUCCAGGAUACGUAUCCCUGGUUCAAACACCACUGGGAAGGUGUUACCAACGGCCUCCCGCGCGCAAAUAACUGGUACCUGAAUCUAUGCGGUAUCGAUCCAGCGUACCAGAAGCGCGGGGUUGGUCAGCAGCUUGUUGCUUGGGGGUUGGAGCGCGCAAAGGAGGAGAAUGUACACUCGAGUGUUGUGAGUAGUGAGGGGAAUGCGAAGUUCUAUCUAAGGUGUGGAUACGACGAGAUCGUGGGGAAUUGCAGCGAGGGCGAGAAUAAUCCCAUGGCGAGAGAGGGUGUUAAGGGCGGGGAGAUUUUGUGGAAGUGGGCGUUUGUGAAGGAGGGGAGUGGGGAGAGGGAGGGUGGAGAGGUGCCGGAGAAGGAGUUGAUUGCUGUUGUGCCUUCGUGA